UUAAACAGGCUGCGGAGUCUGAACGAUUGCUCAAGGAAGGCUUACAGGCUAAGCUGGCAGCAUUUGGUGAUGAAACUCCUGGUGAGGAAGCGAAACGUUUGGGCGAAGAAUUGGUGCGAUUGAAUGAGCGUCAUACGGAAAUUGUUGCACAAGAGGACAAAAAGAGAAAGCAACUAGUUGAGCAUUAUCAAGGACAACUAGCUGACCUCCAAGCCCAGUUUGAUGAAAAGGAUGUUGAGCUUCGAAGCGCUCGCAGUAGGUUGGAAGAGGAACGUGCUCAAUUCGCGCUACAACAGGAGCAAAACUCGAAAAACGUGGAGAUCCAAUACGAUCGUCUCCAAAAAGCUUUCGAGGAAAACACUGCUAAGUUGAAAUUGGAGAACGAGAACUUGAGAGCUGAGCUGAGUCGCCUCCACUCUGAGAUAGAAAUGGCUCGACCUGGUAUUAACGAGCAGCAGUUGCAUGAGAUCCUCAACUGGGUGAACGAAGAAAAGGCGACCAGAGAGGAGAUGGAGCUGCUCACUCGACGGAUCACCGGCGAUAUCGAGACUUUAAAACUGCAAAACGGCACGAAUGGAGGUACGCCUCAUAGUGGACAAUACAGUAAUAUCACUACGCCAGCAUCAGGAUGGGGAUCUCGUCGAAUGAACAAGGCGGCCAAAAUGGAGAUUCUGGACGCAAAGAAAGCACUGAAUGCCGAGAUAAGAGCAAAGUGUGAACUUCAAGAGGAGCUGAGCAAGACGCGAUCGGCUUUGUUUGCGUCAAAGGCCCGCCUGGACGAAUGCGAAGAACGGUUGGCAGCCGCGAGAAAGGAGAACGAAACGUUGAAAGCAGAACUACGCGCCGGUAACCGUGACAGUGUGGAAGAUGGUCGUGCAUUCUUCAAUAUGGUUCCCGAAGGUCGUACAUCUACGCCGCGUGAUUCGGUACACAAUUCCUUCAGUACUGACUACGAGAUCUCCAACAGCAGGAGAUACGGUGUUCCAGGAAUCCCUUCACCAGCACCACCGCCUGCGUACGAGAAUACGGUUAGGCAUAGUCAGACACCCUCAACUGCAUCUACGAUGUUGGUGGGGAAUCGGGGAGCAAGUCCGAAGGUAAUCCAGUCGCUGAAUAACGCCUUGAGUGGGCGUGGUCAUCAAUUCCAGCAUGUUCACUUAAAUGCGCCAACGAAAUGUGGUCAUUGCACAUCUAUAUUGGUGGGGUUGGAUCGUCAAGGACUGUAUUGCCAGACAUGUCACUAUGCAUGUCAUGUGCAUUGCUCAUCUCGAGUAGUACCUCAAUGUCCUGUACCACCUGACGCUCGUCGACCACUUGGAAUAGAUCCACUCAAAGGUGUUGGGACCGCCUACGAGGGAUUAGUGAAGACGCCACGUGCAGGUGGUGUGAAGAAGGGCUGGCAACACACGUAUGUGGUUGUGUGCGACUUCAAGCUCUACCUGUAUGACUGUGUUACUGACAGGCAGAAUAAGGCCAAUGAGAUCCAGCCAGUUAUUAGACAGGUCCUCGAUAUGCGAGAUCCCGACUUUGGUGUGACCGGCGUCAACGAGCAAGAUGUUAUACAUGCUAAUAAGAACGAUUUGGCCAAAAUUUUCCGCAUCACGACAAGUCAGAUUCAAGGCUCAUCCAUGACAGAUGAAAGUACCAUGACAAGGCAGUAUACAUUGUUGAUGGCAGAUAGCCAGGAGGAAAGAAAGAAAUGGGUAAUUGCCUUGAAUGAGCUCAAAACUCUGCUCAAAAGGUCUCGAUUAGCCGACAGGAGUGCCUUCACCGUAAAGGAAGUGUUCGACGUGGCCAGUUUACCAUCAAUACGAGUAGCACAAUGUGCAGUGGUUAUUGAUCGGACAAAAGUGGUGAUCGGCUUUGCCGACGUCGGCAUGUACUGCGUGGAAUUGGAUCGUGAGGUACGCGCAGUUUGUUUAUUCUUGCUGUUCUAG